CCAGUGAAUCAGAUCAUUUGGCUCAGCUCAUUAAUAAGAGUGAAUUGUUCAGCUCCAAACGGGUCAUUGCCAUAUUUUUUCUAAACAAGGCAAAUUUUUUCUAAACAAGGCAAAUUUUUAUUCUGACCAGUGAUUAUUCGCCUUUGUCUGACUAUGGCUGACGUUGUUUAAUGAAAUCUUACUUUAUUUUCUAUUUAUCAGAUCAUCAUUUAACGCACACCGUGAGUGUAAUUCGAUUGCCUACAGACUCAUAUAUAUGUAGUCGGCUCUGAACGUUCACCUAAGAGUCGAUUCAAAGAGUCGAUUCGCUUGGAGCGACACUUAACUGUUGUGGACUAUAGUAAGAUAUUAGCAUUAGCUGGGAGAUGGACAGGUGCAAACGCGCAGUUUUAUUGUUCCACUUGUGCAGAUGAGGAGAUGAAUGUGCAGCUGAACAUGAGCUCCAUCACACAAACACUCAGAGCAAUAUUAUUUGCGUUGGGUUUUAUUUUUGCGAUGAUUGAAAUUUCAUUAGCAGCUUCGACAGAUGAAGGUGUAACUCCUGGGUUUGAAAUUGCUGAAGGAUUAGACUCCUAUUGUGAUGGACAGACUGCAGAGGACUCGGAGUCUCUGUCUCAGAAACAGUUUAAGACGGCAGAAAUCGCAGACGCUGUUCUGGGGACAGAGCUGUAUGAAAACAGAGCUAGGAUUGAAGCUCUUAUUCCUAAAAGCCUGAUCUCUACACCAUGUGAGAAGGAAGUGACUGAGGAGGUAAAGGAGAAGGAUGCGGCAAUGGAGGAGAAGGGAAAGGAGGAGGUGGCAGUGAUUGAGGAGGAGGUUGAGAUGAAGCAGGAAAGUCCAGCAGGAGGUGAAGAGCAGAACUCCACAGAAACUGCAAAGACAUACAAAGACCUGAUGGACUUCCUGAACUCAAACAGCUCUGAAUGCUCAUUGGUUCUCUUCUACACUUCCUGGUGCCAGUUCUCCGCCCACCUUGCCCCACACUUUAACGCUCUGCCAAGAGUUUUUCCCAUCAUGCAUUUCCUCGCUCUUGAUGCCUCACAACACAGCAGUUUGUCGACACGCUUUGGGACUGUUGCUGUUCCCAACAUUUUGCUAUUUCAGGGCACUAAACCAAUGGCACGCUUUAACCACACAGAGAGAACGCUUGAGACCCUAAUAGCCUUCAUCACUAAUCAAACAGGGUUUGAGGCAGUUGUGGAUCAGAUGGUGUUGGAUGAUGAUCGUGUUGGUCCUUUACUCAGCAUCCCAGUGAAGAGCAUCGAUUGGCUUUUUGUGUUCAGUGUCAUGUUUUUAUCUUUGUUCAGUUUGUACGCCAUCCUGCGGACCGACAGCAUCCGGCUGCUCAUCCCUGGCCACGAACAUGACCACCAGGACUGAUUUGUUGUUGUUGUUGUUAUUAUUAUUAUUAUUAUUAUUAUUAUUAUUAUUAUUAUUAUUAUUGCAGUGUUUAUACAAACCAUUUCUAAAAAUCUUUGAAUAUGGGUCAAAUGGAUGUUAGAAUAAACAUAACAAUCACAUA